GGGAAGGGAAGGAGGGGAUCAUGUGCCUGCCUCUGCCCUUCUUGCCCCCCUACCCCUUCUUCCACCGCCAUCUGGCCCAUCGGGGAGCAUCCAGCUCGUACUGCUCAGAGGCUCAAGAGCAUCAGGUAUACAUUGGUGAACUUCCUCAGGAUUUCCUCCGUAUCACCCCAACGCAGCAACAACAGCAGAUACAGUUGGAUGCUCAGGCAGCUCAGCAGUUACAGUAUGGAGGCGCAAUGGGCACUGUUGGGAGACUGAGCAUUACUGUCGUACAGGCAAAACUGGCGAAGAACUAUGGCAUGACACGCAUGGACCCAUACUGUAGAAUACGACUUGGCUACGCUGUCUAUGAAACUCCUACAGCUCAUAACGGAGCCAAAAAUCCCCGCUGGAACAAAGUUAUUCAGUGUACUGUUCCCCCUGGGGUGGAUUCUUUCUAUCUUGAAAUAUUUGAUGAGCGAGCGUUUUCAAUGGAUGACCGCAUUGCUUGGACACACAUCACUAUCCCCGAAUCGUUGAAGCAAGGAAAAGUAGAGGACGAAUGGUAUAGCCUAAGCGGAAGACAGGGAGAUGACAAAGAAGGAAUGAUUAAUCUGGUCAUGUCCUAUACAUCCUUACCAGCGGCCAUGAUGAUGCAGCCACAGCCUGUGGUCCUGAUGCCCACCGUGUAUCAGCAAGGAGUCGGAUACGUACCUAUAACAGGAAUGCCCGCCGUUUGUAACCCGGGGAUGGUCCCUGUGGCAGUGCCCCCUCCCGCGGUCAAUCCUCAGCACGUGUGUAAUGAAGAGGAUCUAAAAUCGAUCCAGGACAUGUUCCCCAACAUGGACAGAGAAGUCAUCCGUUCCGUUCUAGAAGCCCAGCGGGGGAACAAGGAUGCAGCGAUCAAUUCCUUGCUUCAGAUCGCCGAGGAGUCCUAAAUGCUUCUGCGCAUUCCCCACCUUCAUUGUUAUCCCUCCUUUGAUUUGCCAAGCCAGGGAUUUAGCUAGAGGAAGAAUUUCCUGAGAAACCAUCCUGUCUGGAAAAGAUUGUGGUCCCUUCGUUUUUUGUCGUUGGACAUUUGCGCAUUUGUUUUUUUCCAUACUAUCUUUAGAAACCUCACCCAUUUCUGGUCAUAUCAGUCCAGCCCUUUAUGGCUGCAUUUCUAUGUGAGAGAGGUAGAGGGAGGUAUCCAUGCUGCUUCUUUCUCUCUCUCUCCCUGUUUUGGAGAGAACACACACAUGUUUGUGCACAGACAAGCACAUUUGCCUGUUUAACACUAUGCAUUGGGGCGGGGGGGGCGGGGUGGUAAUAUUGAUAGGUGAGAGAAGAUUGCCAUUCCAGAAAGUGCUUUUAUCCAAAGUUUUCAAUAAAUGGCCCCUUUCUUUCAGGCAUACGGAGCCGUUACAUAGUUCGUCGGGGGUGGGUGGGGGGGUAUGUGAGCAUUGCAGCGAUUUGUAACAUUCUCAAUGUAGGCAAAUUGGUAUUCUAGUAGCCCCCACAGUCUUUCUGGUGAAAUCCCCGUGCUAAAUAUAUUAAUUGGGUACUAAUGCAAUAUAUUUGAUUUUCUACAUUUAGGGCCAAUUGCUAUCCUUUGCUGCGUUGCUGUGCUUCUGAAGUCUGCGGCUACUAGUUUGUCAGAACACAGUAGCAACAUAUAUUAGAGGGAAAGGAUUGUUUCCUGACGUGCUUGUGUGUUUACUUGCACUGUUAAUUGCUUCUGCAUUUAUGUACAUUGGAAAGAACGAAAAGAGAAAUUUUACACCUGGGAACGUUUGAUAUUCUUAAUAAAUAUUCUCGUGAUUGGUUGACAAAAUGCUCUGAAAAGAAACAUGUUGUUGAGGCAGGUAUGAGUAGAAUAGGAUAGUUUUUUCGGACUAGAAUUAUUUUCAAGGCAUAACUUUUAAGGAGAAAGUAGAUUGCAAUGACUCAGUGGGCCUUAAUUUAAUCAGAGGUGAGACAUGCGAGUCUCAUUUGUGAAAGUGGGAGGAGCCAAAAUUGAAAUAUUAAUCCCCAAACACGAGAAGGGGGAAAUUGUACAAAUUCACUGUAUAUGUUUUAACAGCAUAGAGUCGGAAGGUGUCAGAGUAUCUCCAUUUAAUCAGCGAGUUUGUUUGUUUCGGAAAGUGAAGCGAUGCACUUUAAUAUGCACAUUUUUUUGUUACAAUGUGCAGCUUGGCUUUUUUGCUGGUUUCUUAAAAAUUAAAUGCUGUCUAUAACUCAGCCAUACUUUGUACUACUCAAGGUUUUGAACACAGCACACAGGCAUUCGAAUCGGUUGUGGAUUUUAUUGCUUUGGAAGAAGAGCUCAUGGUUCUUGUCUUCCGUCUAUUUUGCUUCUCUUAAUCAAGCUUUCUGUUGUUGUUGUUGUUUUAAAAAAAAACCUUAUGUCCACUUAAUUAUUUUAGCAUAUCACCUUGAAUGCUCCUGGCAUGGCCAGCUAUAGUUCAAAUAUUUAUUUUUUUAUGAUUAAAGUAUAUGUGGGAAAAUGACUUUUAAAGAUAGUACCAAAAAUCUGUGUUUUUUUCUACUGUUUGAUGUUUAUAACAACUAAUCUUCCUGUUUGAUUAGACUUGCAUUUGUAAAUGUGAAAUUCUCUCUCCCUUCCCCCCACUUUCUGUUUCUUUUUAGAUUCAUGGAUACAAUCAGUUGUGAAGCGGGUUUUCCUGCAACCUGCUCUAGAAGUGUAUAUCCGUCAUAAAAUUAGCUUUGUCCCUUUCUUCAUACUCCGCAGAACUUCCAGAUUAUCCUUAUGAUUUAAUGAUGUGCAUUUGUCUAAUUAGCAUCACAGCAGGGGAAGUCUUGUGGCAUUUAGGUAUUUAUGAGGAAGAUGACUCAAAAGUUGUCAGGAAAACCUGGAGUAAUGAUUUGUCCAUAAAACCUUCUGUUUUAGGGCGAUAUGAAUGGAAUAAGCAAGGACCGCAAAAUGCAAGGAAACUGUACAUUUCUAGAUGCUGAUGAUUACUCUGGAAUGCUUGAAGAGUCGCUUGUAGUUUAGGAAUGACCUCAGAUUGCCCAUCUCAUUCUUUUUAGAGCUGAACUAUAGACAUAUUCAAAGAGGUUCUGAGAAUGAACUUUCACAAUCAGGAUACUGACGUGGGAAUGUUAAACUAAAUCUAGCUUAUGGAAGGUUCCAAGAUAGAAGGCCUGUAUAAAGUCUGGGAAGGUCAGUGAUCAUUAAGUUGCAUUUUUAUGUAAUGAAGCAGAGAACUUCUGUGGAUUGUGAGUAGUAAAUGGAUAGUUAAUUCCCUGUGUGUUCUCUUAUAAUGAAGAAGAUGACAGUACACAGUCUUUUGUGAAAUUAAUAGCUGGCCUCACUGAUUACUAUAUUUUCUUUGUCCUUAAAAGGGGUAAACCCAAGUAUGGCCACACUCAUCAUAUGCAUAUCUCCGCUGGGCUGCUGCCUGGAAUAAUACCCUAUCUAAAGCAUGCAAAGGGAAAGCAAAUACUGGGAAAGUUUCUGUGGAUUUUAGUCAGAAUUGCCUCUCCGAUAUUUGUAGUAAGACCGGGGUGCAAGUUGCUGAUGUACAGAAUUGAAACGCACUAGUCUGUUGUUUGAACUAAAUGCUAUGUCGCACACAAUCCUUCCUAUCUGUUUUCUAUAUGCUUCUCAACAGAAUAGCAUAUUUGGCUUUGUACAUCUCUCUGUAGCCCAGAAGCUGCUGUGGAAUCCUGGUAUUUGCUGAAAGUUGUUGGCACUAGCUUCAGUCCUGCCAAGGUCCUGUGGUUGGCAAAAUCCAGGAAUAUUUUUGUCUAGCUAGAUGCUUUCCAACUUUUUCUCUGUUGCCGUUUGAUGCACGCUGAUGGUACCAAGUGUUUCUGUUUGCAGAUAUAACUGCUUGUGUUGGCUGACCUAUAAUACUGUAUAGGGGGUGUUUUGCUCUUAAUUCUCAAGACAUUGUUUUUUACUUUGUUGAAGUUGGUAUGUUUUGUCUCUUGCAUUGUAAAUUCUUCUUUUCCCCAUUGUAUUUAAUUUAAUAAAUGUCUACUAUAUA